AUGCAGCUCGCUCUCCUCGCCUCCACAAAAGCAGAGUCCAUCACAGUUCACAACUUAAAGCCUAGCUUGUUCACAAACUCGGAGGAAAUCUCCAGAAGGCUCACGACCUUUCCCCGAGUGCACGAGGACCACUCAUUAUUCCGCCACGCGUACAUUGAACUUGUCAUGCAGUGGGAGGCGAACAAGAACAGAAACAAGUUUGGAACUCAAAAUCUGAAAUCGAUGGCUUCCUCGAUCAGAAAAAGAAACCCGAACCCAAAAGCGGCUGUCCUCUUAGUGAUCGACAUGCAGAACUACUUCUCUGCCAUGGCCAAGCCCAUCCUCCAAAACCUCCUAACCACCAUCCGCCUCUGCCGACGCGUCUCCAUCCCCGUCAUCUUCACGCGCCACUGCCACAAGUCCCCCUCCGACUACGGCAUGCUGGACGAGUGGUGGAACGGCGACCUCAUCUUGGACGGGACCCCCGAGUCCCAGCUGAUACCGGAGCUCGACGACGUCAGGGCCGGCCACCAGGACCACGUCGUCGAAAAGAACACUUACAGCGCCUUCCGCGGCACCGGCCUCGAGGAGUACCUGAAGGAGAGGGACAUCCAGGAGGUCAUCGUCACCGGCGUCAUGACCAACUUGUGCUGCGAGACGACGGCGCGUGAGGCGUUCGUCAGGGGGUUCAGAGUGUUCUUUUCUACGGACGCGACUGCCACUUCGGAUGAAGAGUUGCACGAGGCCACCUUGAAGAACUUGGCCUAUGGCUUUGCCUACCUCGUCGAUUGCAACACAUUUGAUCAGCUUCCCUUUCACUAGUUUCUUCUGUUUUUUUUCAUGUCUCAGACUCUCAGCGCCUUCCUCUUACUCUGCAACGCUUUUGUUCUCUAACGGAGCAG